AUCCGGAAUAUCUGAUUGUUCCCUAUGAGGGAAACUAUGACUUCAUGUUCAUCGCAGUAUUCCAGUCCCAACCGGCUACCAUUCCCUGCAAACNUUAUAACUCUUAUAAUCCGGAAUAUCUGAUUGUUCCCUAUGAGGGAAACUAUGACUUCAUGUUCAUCGCAGUAUUCCAGUCCCAACCGGCUACCAUUCCCUGCAAACCUACCGAUUCCCGAGCUAAGGUCUCGCUGUGGAAAGUGCACACCAACUCUGGUCCACAAGAGAUUGUUGUCAAUAAUACUCUGGGAAUCACCUAUAACUCGAAGAAAGGCUAUCACUUUGAAUACCCGCUACCGAUUCCCGAGCUAAGGUCUCGCUGUGGAAAGUGCACACCAACUCUGGUCCACAAGAGAUUGUUGUCAAUAAUACUCUGGGAAUCACCUAUAACUCGAAGAAAGGCUAUCACUUUGAAUAUCCGCGUUGGGACGGGGAGACCAGUCUUCUGGAGUGUAAAGUGGAUAUUACCGGUGGAAUUGCAUCCUCUUAUCGAUGACAGUAGAGCUAAAAAUGUGUUCAUAAACAGCACCUUCACAUUAAAAUGUUUUGUUCACAUUGAACUCGGAGUUAUAAUCGUGAUUACGUGGGACGUCCCUAAUAAAAAUACUUUAGAAAGAUCUGUGGAAUCGAUGGCUGAAACUCAGAGAAUUGAAUUGAAUGGUAAUAGUUAUGAUACGGUGUCUCGGAAUCUGACCAUAACUGGUGCACAGAUGGAGGAAGAAGGCAUAUAUCACUGCAAUGUCACGGAUGGCAACGGAAGAGUAUUCAGUGCUUCCAAGAAAGUCACGCCACUCAUCAGUAGAGUGGGAGAAAUGGUCAGAUUUGUAGUGGACGUCCAGUCAUUCCCAGACUUUGAAUCCGUACAACUAUUUUGGUUUAAAAAUGAUAUUCAAAUCGAGAAGAAUCACAAACAUCUCGUGACAGGUGUUAAAACUGACGGUCAGUUUCCACAAACAUAUUUAGAGAUCAAGAGUAUUGAACUCGAGGACAGUGGCACUUAUAUGCUGUUGGGAAACACGAGUGAUAUGUCGACAAACAUAACAAUGCAGUUAUUAGUGAGCGGUUCCCCUGCUAUUAAAAUGAUGAAUACCGUAGAAUUCUAUGAAAUAAAC